AUGCCCGAAGAGUUUCAGAUUAAGCAUGUGUUGUUUGAUCUCGAUGGCCUCCUUAUAAAUUCUGAGAAAAUAUACACUGAACGUUUAUCUGAGUAUCUUGCAAGACAUGGUAAAGUUUUCACCUAUAAGGCUAAAUGCCUUAUGAUGGGACGCAAGCCUAUUGAAGCUGCAGAGGCUUUGAAAAAAGAAUAUGAUCUUCCAAUGUCGACGGAAGAGGUUCUUGAGGGUUACAGGAAAGAACUUCCCUUAGAAAUAUGGCACACAGUGUCCCUAAUGCCAGGGGCACGAAAACUCAUUGAAUAUUUGUCCAAGAGUUCAAUUGGAAUGGCUAUCGCCACUGGCUCAUCCUCAUAUCAAGUUCCUCACAAAAUGUGGGAGUUUAAAGACGUCUGGCAAAAAAUUCAUCAUGUCGUUGCAUCUGGUGAUGAUCCUGAGGUAAAACAUGGUAAACCUGCUCCAGAUGUAUUUGAGGUUGCGCUUUCCCGCUUUAAUGACCCUUCAGCAAAAGCUGAGACUACACUGGUCUUUGAAGAUGCAUGGAAUGGAGUGAAAGCUGCUCUUGCAGCGGGGAUGUAUGUUGUUUGGGUACCAGAUGAGAAUGAGUGUCCAGGUUUACCCCACGAUGCUCCACCUUUUAUUACCGACUCAAAUGGUGCUCCUCGUAUAAUACGACUUAAAAGUCUGGAAGAAUUCGAUCCAUCUAUCUAUGGUCUGCCUGUUCCAUUCUGA